AGACAUACAUAAGGAGGGCUCAGAAGUCGCUCCUCUGCUCUUUCAAUUCAUCAUACAACCACUCCACUCCACUCCACUCUACUCUACUCUACUCUACUCUACUACCACUCCACACUCUUUUCACCCCACCCCACACUCUUUACAUUACUCACAAUGGUCAAGGCAAUCAUCGUCUCCGCCGCGCUCGCCGCCGCUUCCAUCGCUUCCGUCGCCCAGGCUGCCAGCCUGAAGCAGAACCCCCUGUUCGGCUGUGAAGGCAUGAACUCAGGUCUUUUGACGCUGGGCGCCGACGCUGACGAGAACCUCGGCUUUGUAGCUGGCCACACUGAGAAGUCUCUGAUCACCGGCAAGAAGAGCAAUGCCGUCCUGGACUCCAAGCGACCAAGUGGCAAGCCUAUCUCUCCUCAGUAUUUCGAGUUCCUUAACUGCACCCAGAGCCUGACCGACGAAGGCUACGAACUCAGCGUCCCCAAGAACAUGAUCGACCUGGAGACCGAGAUCGGAGCUGACUUCACCUACGCCUGGGGUGUGAUCGUGCCUGAGGACGAGGAGGACCGUGAUUCCUACUACAGCCCCAACGUCCUCUCCAUCCGCUCCAAGGCAGACUCCAAGGGCAGGCUGGACGCCGUCCGACUGCUGGAGACCAAGGUUUCCGACACUCCCAUCGAGGCGCGAACCUUUGUCUCGGCCUACGACGAACAAUCUGGUCUCAGCUACCUCGAGUUCUACCCCUUCGUUGGCUCUGGCAACAGCACAAAGUCUGGCUUCUUUUACACUGCCGGCAACAAGUACGGAUCCAUUGACGUCUCGACCAACCACACGGCACACGCCAACUCCACCUUCCUGGUCCUCGGCGACGACUAAUAAACGCAGAGUUGUCUCGCAGCUCCUUUCCUGCUUCUCGUUGCCAAACUCUCUCAUAUAUUACCAGGGGUGGCGCUUGUACACCAGCACCUUCUUCAUCCCUUUGCACGCUUCGACUUUCGCUUUCCACCAUCUCCCUCUUUCGGUUUUGUUAUUUCGUGGCUCACACGCUUUCAGCCCCGCGUCACUCUCUAAUUGCACCGAUAUAUCCUCUCUCUAUCUCUCUCUUCCCACGUCUGAAUACACGGCUGCCUUGGUGUGAUCGGUCUAUUCUGCGCCUGCCAAGGUGAUUUCUAGGCACCUGCGUAGUUCUACAGCAAAACAAAGACAUUGGCGUGAGCCGUAUGAAUUGGUCUCUACAUCCCCCUGACCGCACUCACCUCACGCGAAGUAUCGACAAGCCGCGUGCCUGAAGGAGUGUCCUUGCGCCUAGGCAAAGGCCUAUGCCUUGUUCCGCAA